CCUGAUGCUGACGAGGAAGAGAAGAUUCUCUCCAGAUCAGAACACCAGAUGGACAAUGCUAGCCCUUCCUCCCUCCCGGAGUCCCUGUGUCGUGCCUCUCCCGGUAGCACGUUACUGCUGUGUAUGAAGAGGUUGUCUGUGCUGCUGGUGGACUGCAGGAAAACAACGGGGCUGAGCGGAACUGUGAGAGGAGGAGAAGAGAAGGAAGGAUCAGAUUUGACACAUCAAAGAGGAAAAACAAACUCUGAGGAACCAGAGCCAGAGACGUCCAAACCAGCAAGACGACACCUCUGCUCCCAGAUUGGAAAGAGUUUCAUCAAGUUAGGAAACCUGAAAGUUCAUGAGCGAAUGUACACAGGGGAGCAGCCAUACCAUUGCGCCCACUGUGGAAAGAGUUUUAAACGGUUAGACACCCUGAAAUCUCAUGAGCGAACACAUACAGGGGAGAAGCCUUUCCAUUGCUCCCAGUGUGGAAAGAGUUUUAGCCAGGUAGGAAACCUGAAAACUCACGAGAGAAUACACACAGGGGAGAAGCCUUUCCAUUGCACCCAGUGUGGAAAGAGUUUUAGCCACUUAAGAAAUCUGAAAUCUCAUGAGCGAACACACACAGGGGAGAAGCCUUUCCAUUGCACCCAUUGUGGAAAGAGUUUUAGCCAGUUAGUUAACAUGAAAAGACAUCAGCGGAUACACACGGGAUCAAAGCCACACCAUUGCUCCCAGUGUGGAAAGAGGUUUAGCCAGCCAGGAAAGCUGAAAGCUCAUGAGCGAAUACACACAGGGGAGAAGCCUUUCCAUUGCUCCCAGUGUGGAAAGAGUUUUAUGCGGUUAGACACCCUCAAAACUCAUGAGCGAAUACACACGGGGGAGAAGCCAUACCAUUGUGCCCAGUGUGGUGAGAGUUUUAGCCAGUCAGGAAUCCUGAAAGCUCAUGAGCGAAGACACACAGGUGAGAAGCCUUUCCAUUGCUCCCAGUGUGGAAAGAGUUUUAGCCAGUCAGGAAUCCUGAAAGCCCAUGAGCGAACACAUACAGGGGAGAAGCCUUUCCAUUGCUCCCAGUGUGGAAAGAGUUUUAGCCACUUAAGAAAUCUGAAAGCUCAUGAGCGAACACAUACAGGGGAGAAGCCUUUCCAUUGCUCCCAGUGUGCAAAGCGUUUUACCCAUUUAGGAAAUCUGAAAGAACAUGUGAGACUGCACACAGGGGAGAAACCUUACAAGUGCUCAGACUGUGGGAAAACAUAUUGCUCAUCACAGUCACUUAAACGUCAUGUGAGAAUCCACACAGGAGAAAAUAAUUACUUAUCCUAGUGUGUAAAUUGAUAUUUCACAUCACAUUGACUUAAAAUUCAUCAGAGAACAUACACAGUGCUCCCAUUGUCUUAUAUUGUUGACUGAGAAUGUGUUUACUUGUUUGUACCAUAAGAAAUUGAAUUGUACCAAGUAUACUCAAACAUAUAUUUGUAUGUUUUUAUUAGAAAACAUUAAUUGAAUAUGGAGUUGUCAGGUUCAAUGUAGGAUAGAUCAGGUUCCAUGUGUUUAAAUGGUCCUUUGUUAAACUCUGUGUGUGUGUUUAUCUGGGUGUGUCAUUCCUCCAGCACUACAGAUAAUCAAGUGAUAUUUGGAUGUGAUGCAUUUGUUCCAUUGUUGACAUUUGCAUUGUAGCCCACUGAUGAUUUAAUGACAUGAAAAUGUUCAGACUCUGUAAUGGAAAAUGUUAAUUGUUUGUGUGUCCACAUAAAUGAGUAUGUGACUAACCUUGUGAAACUGUCCUAUUAUAAUCUCCUGUCCUUGGGAGUAUCAUCCUGUGUUGCAAACCAAUUUGCACCUGUAUACUUGUAUGAAUAAAGUCCCUCCCAGGAACAGGAAACUAUAAAGAUAUGUGCUAAUCACUCAAUGCUUCAGGAAUUCAGACUGUCUCCACUGUGCUGUGUAACUCUGUUAUUCUCUCUGAGCUCAGAAA